CGGACAGGCAGGCGUGGUACGCUCGAUAUAAAGCGGCCCUGCCUCCUCGGCGUGCAUCUCCAUUCCUUGCUCUGUCGUGUAGCAAUAUGGUCACAUACGCCCUUCUCGGGGCCACUGGGGCCACUGGCUCCAGCAUUCUACGUCAUCUUCUUCAAAAAUCACCCGACUCUCUUCGCAUUCAAAUCCUCGUGCGGUCAAAAGUCAAGUUGCUACAAGCGUUCCCAGAUCUCGAGAUGACAAAUAACCCACAAGUCCACAUUAUACAAGGAACGUCUACAGACCCUCAUGCUUUGAGUGAAUGCCUCAGGAAUGUUAGUAUUGCGUUCAUGUGUGUGGCGCAGAAUGGGAGCACAAUCGGCACCACAUUGUGCCAGGAUAGUGCCCGCACCAUCAUAUCCGCGCUCCAGCGACAACAGCAGGCUGAGGGAGCAAAUUACGAGCCAUGUACGAUCGUUCAACUUCGCUCAGCCUCUUUGAACCCUGCACUGGCAGCCCAGGUACCGGCCUUGGUACAUCGGAUAGUCAGCUUCUGCCUCGUUGCCAACUAUGCGGAUAUCAAGCAAGCGUGCCAAUAUUAUAGUGAAGCACAGCAGCAAGGGGCAUUGGAAUACAUUCUCGUGGACCCUCCUACGCUUCAUGAUGCGAAUGGAACACAAACAACGGGCUAUAGGCUAAUCUCUACGGAGUCUCAAGCCACCGCCCUCAGCUACGCUGACUUAGGGGCUGCCAUGUGUGAGAUUGCCCAUCGCCAUAACGAGUUCCGCGGGCGUGCGGUGGGUGUAACUGCCACUGGUCGUGUCCGUCACACCUGGGGAGUCCUACUGCGUCAUCUAUUUGAAGGUGGAUCAUCUCAUUUGAUGGAGAAAAUUGAGAAGGAAACAGUAGUUAUCGGGGUGGUGUGUGCGUGUCUGGUGGUAUGGGCGUGUCUGAUGUAAAUAUCAUUUUUGCUGCCAUGAAAGCUUCAUGCUACGUGUAGUUGCAGAAAACCGUUGUCGUAUUGAAAGCCAGCUACUUCGCUUGCCGAAAGAAUGCCAACUCUUUAUAAAGCCCACUGUACUUGCAUACGUUUCAGUGCGCAAAUCUGAACGAUAAACAGAGAAGCUAGACUUUCUAUGCCAUGAUUACUGCACUUCAAGCUACCGCCGUGAUCAUGGGCUCAUUCAUGUCCGGUACGUCUCUCGCCCAUAUUUUGAUUAUGUCUAAAGUUUGACCCAUCCAGGAGCCAUGAUGAGCGUCUAUGGGCUCGCAAUGCCUGCCUUCUUGCAGACCGUUACUCAGUCGAGUCAACUUAUCCGCUUCCAAAGGCAACUCUAUCUAAUCGGCACUACCAAAGGCCGAGCGUUAGGCCUUGCUACCACCCUUCUCUACAGUUCAGUCUCCGUU